AUGGCGGCUUCCCUUACUGAUGAGGAAAGGACAGGAGAGAUCAAGCCCAAAGCCCCUGAAUUGUCAUCAACCCCACCAGGUAGACCAGAGAAGAUGUGGAAAGACAGACAGAAACAGUGUCUUCAAAUGAAAAUCAACACAAGCAAACAAACUGCUGUCUCAGAUUUGUAUGCACCUCUGAUGGCAUCUACAGAUUCUUCACCAAAACGCACUGGGCUUCAGAGUGAUCUUAUUUUUGAGGAAAUUGGCCGCCGCAUCAAAGGCGUUGGCAGUCAACUUGUAAAAAAGGUGAAUGCUGUCUUUCAGUGGGACAUCAUGAAUGGAGGAAAGAUUGUGGCCCAGUGGACCCUAGAUUUGAAGUCUGGUUCUGGUGAGGUCUAUCCAGGAGUAUCUCACAAGCCUGCCAACACUGUUUUCAUUCUCUCUGAUCAUGAUUUCAUGGAGCUUGCUUUGGGCAAGAUAAAGCCCCAGAACGCUUUUCUGUUUGGCAAGGUGAAGGUGAAGGGCAAUAUUCUGCUCAGUCAUAAACUGGAGAUGAUUCUCAAAGAGUAUGCAAAGAUCUGAACUACUUCCUGGCAAUUACAGAUCUCUUUUUCUCUCUAGUCAAGAUGUUGGUUAUAGAGGAGGAUGAGAUUAAAA